AGCAAAGCUUUUAUAUUAUGUUAUAUCCCAUGUGUCUAUGUAAGAAUGAGAAAAACUCUAAACACUACUACUGGCAGUGGCAACAGAAAUGGCUGGUGGAGAAGCUCCCCAAAGAGGAAGUGCAGCCGCUGCUGCAGGCAUGCGCCGGAGGAGAACAAGUGCUGGGGCCUCAGGAGGGGCAGCUGGAACCAUGCUUCAGUUUUACACAGAUGAUGCGCCAGGACUCAAGAUCUCUCCGAACAUCGUACUUGCUAUGAGCAUUGGUUUCAUAGCUUUUGUUGCCAUUCUUCAUGUCAUUGGCAAGCUUUAUCUUGUUCGCAGAGAAACUUGAAAUGGUAGAAACAUAGGAAGCCAAGUUCCAAAGUUGUUUUUUUUUUUUUAAGACUGAUUCUGCAGGUUUCUUUAUGAUUUUUGCAAUAAAUGAAUAAUAAUAACACACAAUAAAACAACAGAUUUGAA